AUGUCUCAAGUGGUUACAUGUCUGGAUCAGCCUUCCUCUUAUCGAGACAAUCGAUCCGAGGUUGACCGUGAAACAGAACGUCGACUUCUCGCUCAAUCCAGCACCCUAUAUGUGGGUAACUUGAGUUUCUACACGACUGAAGCACAGAUGUAUGAAAAGGAAGGUGGAGGGAUCAAGAGAACGCCGUGUGGAUUCGCGUUCGUGGAAUAUUUCCUGCAUUCUGAAGCAGUCGACUCUUUACGCUAUAUUUCUGGUACAAAAGUGGACGAACGAGUCAUUCGAUGUGAUAUAGAUCCAGGCUACAAAGAAGGUAGACAGUUUGGGAGGGGAAAGAGCGGUGGACAAGUGAGAGAUGAGUUCAGACAAGAAUAUGAUAGCGGAAGAGGUGAGUCUAUUUCGGCGAGAGUAAUUGCUAACCAUUCAGGUGGAUGGGGGCAUCAACGCUUAGAGGAGGAAAAGCGACGACAGGAGCAAGAGCGUCUGCGAUCUCAAAUACAGUUCGACACAUAUGCUGCAGUUGGUGGGCUUGGUGGAGCAGAUGUUCCCAGAGGAGAGGUAGGAGAUCGUCAGAAGCGGGAACGAAGUGAGGAUGACGAGAGAAGGGAAGAUGAGAAGCGACUGCGCGGCGAGCGUGAUGACGAAUAA